GUGCUGGGCAGGAGACGAGCAGUUUCACUAGACGGGGCACUUCUCACUUGCGCAGUCACAACUACACAGACACAUGUCGACCUGCAGCUGAUAUCACGCGGCUCACUUGUGAAAGACGAUCAAAGACCGAGCGACCCCUGUCGCGCCGAAGACAGAAUCCGCAGUGUCUGUUCUCUUUUGUGCCGAGGUCCAAGGAACGGGCUGCGUUGUGACGACAGCAGCCGGCAGCACCAACCACGAGACGGCCGCCCGGAGCUACGCAAAAGUGCAGCGCGCGCGACGAGAAUUGCCAGCUUCGACCGCGGGAAACGACAGGGUGCUUCGGCUAUCACAGCGCUGCGGAAAUAUUCUUAGUACGAGGCCACACAGAGUCUCGAGUUCCCUUCCUUUCUGCUCGUCCUCCCCUCGUUCCACUGUGCCAUGUUCGCGGCGGUUGCCAGAAGGCGAGUCUUCAAUUCUGCUGCUCCAGCGACGGCCAUUUACCGAGGGACAACUACUCCAGGCCUGCAGAAAUUCACCAUGGCACAACAGCAGAAGCGAAAGCAGAGCAGUCUGCCAGCAGGCUACAAAGAGGACCACAGCAAAGGUGCCAUGCUCAGAUUCGAGGAGUCGCUGCCACGGUUACCUGUGCCCACGCUCGAAGAGACGGCGAAGCGCUACCUGAAAUCCGUCCACCCACUGCUCACACCAGCCGAAUAUGACAACACCAAAAUGGCCGUGGAGGCAUUCGUGAAGCCCGGCGCAGUCGGACAUACACUACAGGACAGGCUAAAGGCCAGAGCUGCGGACCCUGGGACCAAGAACUGGUUGUCCGAGUGGUGGAACGAGGCGGCGUAUUUGGGAUACAGAGACCCCAUUGUGCCAUACGUUUCAUACUUCUACAGUCACCGCGAUGACAGGAAACGAAGGGACCCCGCGAAGCGUGCCGCAGCUAUUGCAUUCGCUACACUCGAGUUCAAGAAGCAGGUGGACACAAACGCACUGGAACCAGAAUACAUGAAGAAACUCCCCAUGGCCAUGAACUCGUACAUCUGGAUGUUCAACGCAUGCAGGAGACCAGCGAAGCCAUCCGACUACCCUGUCAAGUAUGACGCCGAGCAGAACCAGCACAUUCUCGUCAUUCGCAAGAAUGCUUUCUUCAAGGUGCCACACACCCACAAUGGCCAGAACCUGAGCGCGAAGGAGCUGGAGUAUCAGUUCAGACGCGUGUAUGAGAUGGCAGAGAAGGCUCCAGCAGUCGGUAUCAUGACUACAGAAAACCGCGAUAACUGGUCAGACAUGCGGGAGCGUCUGGUCAAGGCGGACCCAGCCAACCAGGCAGUGCUUGAGGCUAUUGAAGGUGCUUCAUUCGUUGUCUGUCUCGACGACGCUACUCCUGUGACUCUCCACGAGCGUUCCCGCCAAUAUUGGCACGGCGACGGCAGCAACAGAUGGUUCGACAAGCCUUGCCAAUUCAUUGUCAACGACAAUGGCACUUCUGGAUUCAACGGCGAGCACAGCAUGAUGGACGGCACACCCACUUCACGACUCAACGACACCAUCCUGCACUGGAUGUUCAACGACAAACUCGACUUCGAGAACCCUCAAUUCCGAUCUGACAUUCCCGACCCAGCACCAUUGAAAUUCAAGCUCUCCGGCGAGAACUACGCCGACAUCGCCCUCGCGCAAACACACCACAUCGGGCUCAUGAGCCAACACGAGCUCCGCGUCGAAGCCUUCCAAGGCUACGGCAAAGGCCUCAUGAAGAAAUUCAAGUGCUCGCCCGACGCCUACGUCCAAAUGAUCAUCCAACUCGGCUACCACAAAUUCUACGGCAAGAACCGCCCAACCUACGAAUCCGCCGCCACGAGACGUUUCCAGGAAGGACGAACGGAAACUUGCCGAACUGUGUCCGACGAAGUAGUUGCUUUCUGCAAUGCUAUGGCCCAUCAUCUCAGCACAGACGAGGAGUGCCGCGACCUCUUCCGCAAGGCCAUCGGUGCUCACAUUGAAUACAUCACCGCCGCUUCUGACGGAAAGGGCGUGGACAGACAUCUCUUCGGUCUGAAGAAACUCCUCAAAGAAGGCGAAGAAGUUCCCCAGAUUUUCAAGGAUCCGGCGUAUACGUACAGCAGCUCGUGGUUCAUUUCUUCGAGUCAGUUGUCUUCGGAGUACUGGAAUGGAUAUGGUUGGAGUCAGGUUAUUGAUGAUGGAUGGGGAAUCGCCUACAUGAUCAACGAAAACAGCGUCCAAUUCAACAUCGUCAGCAAGAACCUCGGAGCGGAACGCAUGGCUUUCUUUUUGAAUGAGGCGGCGCAGGAUAUUCGAGCGAUUUUGGAGAGUGAGAAUACUAGUGCUAAGGCGAAGUUGUAAGAGCAAGAGGACAUUCAUGCGUCAAAGCCCAACUCAUAUCCGGCCAUGCCUAAUUCUGAGCUGGGCAUGGGGGACGAGUUACUCAUGCUAGACAUCUACGCGGGGAGAAGAAUCUAUCUUUGGUGUCAUAUGUGGUUAUGCUGCUCCGCUUGGCUCGAAUGUUGGGGCUGAGGAAUGAGUCCUUUAUUGUUUUAUCUUGACAUAUUAGGAGCAAUCAUGAUGUCCCGAAGUAUGGGGCAUAAGGAGUGAUGAACGUUUUGUAUUGCGGUAGAGAGAGAGAAAAUCGAGAGAAGUGCGCGACA